AUGGCUUAUAAUAACGAUGCAAUUGAAUAUUAUACAUCAUUAAAAUCUUCUAUAAAUGAAAUAUUUGAUAUAAAAUUGAACGAAACAAAACAACGAUUUUAUGAUAUAAAACGAGAUCCACAUAUUGAAAUAAUUAAUUUUGAAGCAAUUAUUGAAAAACGACCAACAGAAAUUGAUGAAACAUCAAUACGUGUUCUGAAAUAUAAAUCACCAUCUUUUAUAGCAACAGUUAGUUUUCGUUUUCCACCGAUUCAUUCGAAUGAAUGUUGGAAAGUAGGCUUUGUCCAAGCAUGUGAUUUUAUGUUAUUUCAUAACCAAUAUGGUGAUCUUGGCUAUUCAUCAUGGGAAUUUCCACAAUUGGUUCUUCGUGAUGCAUCAAUGAUUAAUGAUAGUUGUGGAAGAAAUUUUCCAUGGUAUGGAUCGAAAAAUCAAGUAGUGACAAUUCAAGGUCCACUCUAUCGACAAUCUGAAUAUACAAUAAGUAUGCGUGAUUUAUUUGUACCAUGGAUUCCAUGGGAUAUUCCAACAUGUGAAGGUGAACAAUCAUAUUUAACACAUAUUUAUCGACAUCAACGAUUUUAUGUAUGGUUAUGUGCAAUGAAUUGUACGAAAAAUGAAUUAUUAAUAAUUCGUACAAUACGUUGGACACAAACAAUUGAAAUUGAUAUUAAACCUGAUCUUAAUCGUGGAAUGCGAGCUAAACUUAUAAGUAAUCCUGUGCCAGAUCAACCUAUUUUUCUUAAACGAAAUAUAUUUAUUCCAUCUUGUGCUUUACAAGAACCAUCAGCAAAUAAUGCUCAAUUACUUAUAUGGCGACCAACAAAAGGUGAUCCAAUUGUUGUCGUUAAUUCAAAACAUCAUGAUACUAGUACAAAAAAAUAUUUACAUCUUUUAAACAAUAAUAUAUAA